UUUAAACAAAGACACAACAUUCGUCAACGCAAAAUUACAAAAUUUGUAACAGACAAAGAAGUUCACACCAUGCCAGAAAUUAUCGCCUCUGCAGAAAUGUUUCGCAUUCAAACAAAACAAUUGAUAUCUAACUUCGAUAGUGACUUCGUUAUUAAUACAGAUCAAACAGGAUGUCAAUACCAAUCAAUGUUUAAUAGGACACUGACGGAAAAAGGAAGCAAAGCAGUGUUUGCAAAAGUACAAGACAUGACCAAGGUGUCACACUCAUAUACUGCACAAUAUAGCAUAACAUUAUCUGGAAAAUUACUACCACAUGUUUUUAUUUGUUUGCAAGAGCCUACAGGUGAUUUUGGGCCAAGAAUAAAGAAAAACGUAGAAGAAUAUUUAAAAAAAUACAAAAAUGUUAUUGUCACAUCAUCAAAAUCAGGAAAACUGACAACUACUCUCUAUAAAAAUUUUCUAGAGAAAUGUUUAAUGCCAUAUGUUCAAAAAAAUAAAUUUCUUUUAAUUAUUGACUGGUGGACAGGACAAGUGAAGCCAGAAUUAUAUGAUGAAAUAUUUCAGGAUGAUAAAAAAUGCCUACAUGCACAUUUAAAGUUAUACCUCCAAAAUGUACUCCGUUAG